AUCUAUCUAUCUAUCUAUCUAUAUAUAUAUAUAUAUCGGUUACAUAAAGUGUUACCUACUGUUGCCAUGUUAAAUUAUUAUUUUGAAAAAAAAUUUAAUUAGGAUAUUCCUUUAGUGAUUAUAUGAGUCUAUGUAUAUAUAUAUAUAUGUAUAUGUAUAAUUAAAAGUAUUCCAUUGUAUAUACUGUGGGGGAGUUACGAAAUAUUAGGGGGAAACUUGAAGAGAUAGAAUAAAGAAAAGAAAAAAAGGAAAGAAAAGAAAGAAAAGAAAAAAAGAAAAAAGAGAGAAAGCAGAAAAAAGAAUAAAGCCAGAAAAGUAAGAAAAGAGGAAAGAGGAAAGAAAAAAGAAUAAGAAAAGAGAGAAAAAAGAAAGAGAGGAAAGCAAAAAGAGAGAAAGAACAGAAAGGAAAAAAGGAAAAAAAUAGAGAAAAGAAAAAAAAUAAAGAAAAACAAACAUAAUCCUAAUCAUCUACAUAUCAAAUGCCUCUAUUUAAAAUUACUAUUCAAACCACAUAUCAUCAUAAAAAAGUUGACAAUAUAUUUCGUUGGUUUAUUAAAGAUCCUAAUCAGACUAUAACUUAUGAUCAAUUAAAUGAGAAAUUAAAAACUAUAAUUAAUAAUUUAAAUUAUUGUAAUCCUAAUCAUAAUGAUUAUGAUUUAAUUGAUGAUUAUCAAAUAUUAUGGUAUGAUGGUGAAGAUUUUUGUCGUAUUAUUUCAACGGAAGAUCUUCAUGAUGCGAUAGAAACUUUAACCGAAUCUAAUGAUAAUAAUAAACCUAUAAGAAUUUACAUAGCAACUAAUGGUUGUGAACUAAUGAAACAACAAUUUAACCAUAUCCCAAAAGUAAAAAAAACAAUCAAUGAAUUACAAUUACCUGAUUUACCAGAAACAUUAGAAAAAUUAGAUAUUAAUAAUCAUAAUGACUUAGAUACUAAUAAAAAAUCAAUAAUCAAUAAUCAAUCAUCAUCAUCAUCAUCGGAUCCAAAUUUGUAUCAUGAUCCUAAUUUACCUAGUGCACCAUUAUUAAAUUCCACAUCAAUGGAUUUAUUUUUAUCAUCAUUACAAUUACCAUAUAAUCAUUUAAAUUAUAUGAAAUUACCACAAAAUUAUCAAGCAUAUGCUACAACUACUACUUAUAUACCAUAUCAGCAAUCAUAUUUACAAAAUAAAAUGAAUUUAAAUAAAUUACCAUUACCAUCAUCAUCAUCAUCAUCAUCAUCCGCAUUACGAUCAUCAUUACGAUCACCAUCAUCAUCAUCAUCAUCAUCAUCUACAUGUAUAUCAUCAAAUGAUAAACAAAAACUAUUAACUAAUCAUUAUGGUUUAAAACGUAAUAGUCAAUAUACAGCAUCAUGUAUGAAUUUAUCAAGAUUACCUAAUAGUAGUAGUCAUAGUAACAAUAAUAAAGAACAAAUAAAUAUAUCUGCUAUUAUUAUAAGAUUACGUCAUAUGGGAUUUCAACAAAGUGAUAUGUAUUUAAGUAGUUUAAUACAACAAUAUAAUGGAAAUUUAAAUCCAAUAUUAGAUAGAUUAUCAUAUGAUAAUAAUAUGAAAUCAUGAUAUUAUUGAAUUUUUUUUUCCCCCCCACAUUCUUUUUUGUUUUUUUUUGUUGUUGUUUUUUUGUUUGUUUGUUUGUUUAUUCCAAGUUUUUUAUUUAUUUAUUGAUUAUUUAUUGAUUUUCAUUUUAUUAUUUUAUUGUU